UGAUUACAACAAUGAUUCCGCUUUACUUCACGAUUAUAUUACUUUUGCAAACAAGUCAAAUACUGUCUCUGGAAAAUGACAAACAAAUGGAAAAACGUCUUGAGAUAUUGGAAAAGGUCAUUCUUCAUCAAAACAGAUUAAAUGCUGAACAACAAAUACAACUCAACAGACAGCAAUCCGUAAUCAAAGAACUACAAACUGAAAUUAGUAGAAUGAAUGUGGAAAUCAGCGAUUGUACAUCUAUGAAAGUUCAGAAGAGACAGCAAUCCUCAACUGAAGUUGCAUUUUCAACUCAACUAACAAAGCACUUAGCUGGACUAGGCCAUCAUUCAGCAGUAAUAUUUGACAAGGUUAUACUGGAUACAACUUCCUCUUACAAUACUGGUGAUGGUGUAUUUACUGUUCCCAUGACUGGUAUUUAUGUGUUUACUUGGACAGCAUCAGUAGGAAAUGGAAACUGGGAAACAACAGAAUUGGUUGUUAAUGGUACUCCCUAUGCUUACACCUUGGUGGACGCAGGUACCGGUGGUGAUUACGGUAGUGGUACACAAACUGUUGUCCUAAAGGUAAAUCAAAGUGACCAUGUAUUGAUAAGAACGGGAAACACUGGAGACGGAAUUGUGGAUGGCAACAAAUAUGAUACAUUUUCGGGCUGGAUCUUGUUUCCAUUGGAAUAAAUUAAGUUGACGUUUUAA